GGACACGGCACGAAUAAUUCUCAUCUGUUUCACAUUCAAUCCGGUUUUUCCCAGUGGAAUGUUUUGCUGCGAAAUUUUGUUAAUUAAUUAAUUAGUCUUCCUUGCAAGGUUAACUUUGUCAAUAAAGGUAUUCUCAUCAACUUGCAAAGAUAUAUUUCACAUUUGAGGAUCCAUACCUUGGCAAUUCCGCACAACAAACUAAGCAGUAUUUUGGGGAAAUACACGAAACAGGGAGCUGAAAUCACGUUGGAUAAGAUGCCUCCAAAGAAAAAACGAGGACGAAUUAACCCUCCAAUCCCUCUCAAUCCACCGUCCCCCACUCCCCCCGGAAGUAGUGGCGUGGUCUCCGUCCUCCCAACAAUUUACAUCGCAUCAAAUCUCUUCGAUGACGACGAUGAAGAAGAAGAAGACUGGGUCCUACCCACCAUCACCAAUGUAUUUACUGCUUCCGCUUCGUCGCCACUUCCGCCCCCGGAAACGAUCGAAAUUCCGGACAAUGAAGAUCUCCCUGCUGAUACCACGUCCACGGACACCACCACCACUACCACGGAAAUUUUAGAUCCUGAAAAAUCCCUAAAACUAUCCUCCCCCGUUCCAUCCCCGAGUCCGCCACCACCACCACGCCCGCCCAGCCCCUUCGUUCCAGAACCUACUUCCGGCCUGUGCGACCUCUGCGGUGGAUUGUUCCUAGGAGAAGAAGAAGACGCAUCCGGGGAAACAUUUUCCGAUCAUGUUUGUGGCAGUGGUUUGUGCUCCUUGUGUGGCUACUUGUAUUUAGAUAGAGACGACUUCAAACGACACGAGGGAGAGUGCGGUAUCUUUAAAGAGGAUCCACCCCCACCAGUUCUCACCCCGAUUAAAAACCAAGCGGCUAACUCGGCAGAAGUGGAAGGAACCCCUCCCAACAUAACGGACGUGAAUUACGCCGCUACAAAACCGGGUACCGAGCUCUCGUCGAAAUCGGAAGAAAAAUUGCCAUCAAACUCGCAAGAAGAGAAGUCGAAAUCGGAAGAAAACCCGUCGCCAAAAUCGACACUAAAUCCAAAGUUUCUCAAAAUACGGAACCCUGACAGCAAAACUGUGAAAGAUCCAGAAUGGGAAGUUCCUAACUCUGAUUCGGGUAGUUCGGAAGCGGAGGACGAUAACGAUGCAGAUGUCGUUUUUACAAUCAGAAAGAAAGAUACGGCAGUGGAUAAAGAUUGGUCGGUUCGUCCACGACGGGCGGCGGCGCAAAGGAAGAGUUAUAAAUUUUAGUUCGGAUUUUACUUCAUUAAAAAGAGGGAAGACUGCCACAAUGAAGACUGGAUGAUGUCAUAUUUACAAACUAUUAUCAUUAUUAAAACGAUAAAUUCAACUUGCUAAUUAUCUCUCUGUUUGUCAUGAUUUUGUAAACAAGGUAUUUUAAUUCCGAUAUAUUAUCAUGUUAACCAUGUUCAAUUUUAAUCAGAUAGCGAAGUCAGGUCACGAUUUCACGAACCAUUAUAGUAACUCAUGUAUGUAGAUAAUUGGGGUUGAUUUUUGACAUAUUUAAUAUGUAAAAUAAACAAAAUAGAUAUAAUUACAUACA